AUGGACCCGAAGCCCGGCUACGCCUAUCCUUACCCCGCCCAAGGUGCGCCCGCAUCCCUCGGCCCUCUUCCCUUAAUUAGCAGCUAGCUCUGUUUUCCGAGCCCCCCUACUCAAUCAUUCGCUUCUAGAGAGAAGGAAUUCCGCCCAGGAAAAAAGGCUGUUGGGCUUACGGUAUGAGCUCGUUCUUGUGUCACGGCCUUCGUACUGCGCGAGCAUGACUUCGCCUCUCGAUAAUUCUCGUGCACAGUCGACGUCGCUAUCUUCUCUUUUUCCUAUCAAGAAAAGAAAGAUUUGUGCACCCACGAUUUGAAGUUCCUAUUUGUGAAAACAUUCGGGUCUGUUGAUUUUGAUGUAUGCAUAUAUAUAUAUAUAUAUAUAUAUGCUCUGCGGAUGAGCCAGGUUACUACCAGGGCCCCCCCGUGAUGGCGCCGCCACAUUACGCCGCCGCGCCGCCGCGCCGUUCGUCCGGCUUCCUCGAGGGCUGGUAACCUCUGUCCCCGUCUUCCCCAUAGCAGAACUAGGCACAAAAUGCUCUCCGUUCACAGCAGUAGGAAAGAGAGGAAAGUUCCGACAAUGACACGUGGUGUGCCUGCGAUGCGAGCAGCCUUGCCGCGCUAUGCUGCUGCUGGCUCAUCGACGAGUGCUGCUGUGAUCCCUCCGUCAUCUGCGUCUUCUGA